AAAUUGCAAUUGAGGUUUUAGAUAUACUGAAUAGGAAAGUAAGUCACCUCCAUAAAACUUAGUGAUUGGAGCUGUCACCAUUGCAAAUUUCUAAACUUUGCAAGACAGCAGCAACAUUUCAAAUGACACUCAGAGAGAGGAGAUAACGAGCUAAUGUGGAUUUCCUUCCAAACAUAUUUACUGCACAAAGGCAAAGUUCACAUUACACUUGGAGAUUUCUCUCAGCCUAGUUUAAGAUCACAGAUUACGGAUCCCCGAUAUCUGGUAUCAACUGACCAGUGUCCUGUUAAGGCUAAACCUAAGACUCUUUACCGCAUUGUGGCCUUAGAAUUGGACUUCUCUUCCUGUUCCUGGGAAGAAUUAGAGAUAUAGACUAAAGAUCACUAUUCUUCUGAGAAAAGAGAUGCUGGAGGAGGCGGGAGAAAUGAAUACGUGGAAGGAGUUCAAGGGGAUAAGGGAUAAGCCAGAAGCCACGGAGCAUAAAGCUCCAGGGCUCCCUUAGGGGAUGAAGUGACCAGCACCCUGACUCUUUUGUCCAGCUUUAACACUCUAACUAACAGUAAGAGCUUCUUCAUUUUCUUUCAGCUACUCCUGGCAAUGGCGGAGACAUGGAAUUUUUGCAAAAAAUGGGGUGGAGGAAAAUAAGACAUCCGUGUGAGUAUAUAACCAUUUGACCUCUUUUUUUAGCCCUCUCCAGGGUCGCCCUAGAAUCAGAUCUGCUCCCCAGCAUCUUCUGUUUCCUGGAGUGUGUUGCCUGCUACUUUGGAUUGGCCAUGACAGGCUGGAGCUGCCUUGUGACAGGAGCAGGAGGGUUUUUGGGACAGAAGAUCAUCCGCCUCUUGGUGGAGGAGAAAGAGCUGAAGGAGAUCAGGGCCUUGGACAAGGCCUUCAGACCGGAAUUGAAGAAGGAAUUUUCUGAGCUCCAGAACAAGACCAAGCUGACGGUGCUGGAAGGAGACAUUCUGGAUGAGUCAUGCCUGAAGAGAGCCUGCCAGGGCAUGUUGGUCAUCAUCCACACCGCCUCUAUCAUAGACAUCAUCGGUGUCACUCACAGAGAGUCCAUCAUGAACAUCAAUGUGAAAGGUGCCCAGCUACUGUUGGAGGCCUGUGUCCAAGCUAGUGUGCCAAUCUUCAUCUACACCAGUACCCUAGAGGUAGCCAGGCCCAAUUCCUACAAGGAAAUCAUCCAGAACAGCCACGAAGAAGAGCCUCUGGAAAACACAUGGCCCGCUCCAUACCCACACAGCAAAAAGUUGCUUGCUGAGAAGGCUGUGCUGGCGGCUAAUGGGUGGACUCUGAAAAAUGGUGGCACCUUGUACACUUGUGCCUUAAGACCAAUGUUUAUCUAUGGGGAAGGAAGCCCAAUCCUUUCUGCCGGUAUAAAUGAGGCCCUAAACAAAAAUGGGAUCCUGUCAAGUUUCAGCAAGUUCUCCAGAGUCAACCCAGUCUAUAUUGGCAAUGUGGCCUGGGCCCACACUUUGGCCUUGAGGGCCCUGCGGGACCCCAAGAAGGCCCCAAGUGUCCGAGGACAGUUCUACUACAUCUCAGAUGAUAUGCCUCACCAAAGCUACGGUAACCUUAGUUACACCCUGAGCAAAGAGUUCGGCCUCCGCCUUGAUUCCAGUUGGAGCCUUCCUUUAUCCCUGAUGUACUGGAUUGGCUUCCUGCUGGAAACAGUGAGCCUCCUGCUCAGGCCUAUUUACACCUAUCGACCACCCUUCAACCACCACAGAAUGACAUUGUCAAAUAGCAUAUUCACCUUCUCUUACAAGAAGGCUCAGCAAGAUCUGGCAUAUAAGCCACUUUACAGCUGGGAAGAAGCCAAGAAGAAUGUACCCGAGUCUGUUAAAACCGUGGAGUGGGUUGGUUCCUUUGUGGACUGGCACAAGGAGACCAUGAAGUCCAAGACUCAGCGAUUUAAGGAUGACAGAGAUGUGCAUAUGGGUAUUGUUAGGUGAUGUCAUCAAAGUCCAUCCUCCUGGCUUCAUACAGAAGGUGACAAUGGCACAGGCCCAGGUCCUGUUGUCUCCCUUUCACACAAUGCCCAACUUAUUGUCUUCCUCUUGUCAUCAAAACCUGCCCAUUCCCUGGCCCAUCCAGGAGCUUUCUGUCCUAAUCAUUCAUAUACCAGAGGAAAUACAAUGUGAUUUUUUUUUUCCAAAUCUCAGUGGCUCAUUCUGAACAAUUGUGGCAAUUGUGGUCUCUCUCUCUCUUUUUUUUUUUUUUUUUUUUGAGACAGAGUCUGUCUCUGUCG